AUGGCACCAUCACCUCCGGCAUCGCCCAGCUUCACGUCGCCGCGACCGAUGAGCGCCAUGGUUAGACCGGCACCGAGAAGCAACAGUCGGCUGAGUAUGAGUAGCAAGGCAGGUGGCGGGAGCCGGGCUUCUGACGAGGAUGGAGGCCGCACUUCGGUGAAAGUGGCCGUUCGCGUGCGGCCACCGCUUAAACCUACCGACCCGGGCUACGAGCUUAUACCUCAGCGGUUUCAGCGGUCCAUGGUACAAACCACCUCUAACACAGGUAUCGCCAUCGACGCUCCCCAAGGCAAGAAGCUGUUCAUCUUCGAUCGCGUCUUUGGCCCCGACGUGACUCAGGAAGGAAUCUGGGAAUACUUGGAGGAGAGUGUCAAUGCCUUCGUACAGGGCUACAAUGUCUCCCUACUCGCCUACGGGCAGUCGGGUGCUGGCAAGUCGUACACGAUGGGCACGUCGGGCCCUCUGGAACAAGGGGAUACGGAAGUCAUGGGUGUCAUCCCACGAGCCGCGACGGCUCUGUUUGAGAAGCUUGAUGGGCCCUCCCGACCCUUGAACUCGAACCGUAAUUCCAUGUCCCAGCUGAAAGUUCCGGCGCGCUACUCGGCGCAGCCCGCAGCACCCAAGGGGGAGAAGAGCUGGCAAUUGAAGGCAACCUACGUGGAAAUUUACAACGAGCAGCUCCGAGACCUUCUCGUACCCGACCACCUCCAGCCGCACGAGCGAAACAAUGUCACCAUUCGCGAAGACCAGAAGGGCAAUAUCAUCCUCACCGGCCUGCAGCAAGUCGAAAUCAAUUCGGUGGACGACCUGAUGAAUGCUUUAAAUUUCGGCUCGACCAUUCGGCAGACCGACGCGACGGCGAUUAAUGCUAAGUCCUCGCGGUCCCAUGCUGUCUUUAGUCUGAAUCUCGUGCAGCGGAAGAGCGCGGCGCAGAACGCUCAGGGUGCUAAUAAGCGAUUCUCGGUACCACUAGAGGCCAUGACAGGGACCGACACCUGGGUCACCACGGAUUCUAAGCUCCAUUUUGUCGAUUUGGCCGGAAGUGAGCGUUUGAAGAAUACGGGCGCACAGGGCGAGCGGGCGAGGGAGGGUAUCUCUAUAAACGCUGGCCUGGCCGCACUCGGCAAGGUCAUAUCACAGCUUUCGUCCCGACAAGCCGGCUCGCAUGUCUCGUAUCGAGAUUCGAGGUUGACGAGGCUCCUGCAAGACUCUCUGGGCGGAAACGCUAUCACCUAUAUGAUUGCGUGUGUGACGCCGGCCGAGUUUCACCUGAGCGAAACCUUGAACACCGUCCAGUACGCGCAGAGGGCCCGCGCGAUUCAGAGCAAGCCCAGGAUUCAGCAGGUGGAGGAGGGCGAUAAGCAGGCGAUCAUCGAGCGCCUUAAAGCCGAAGUGGCUUUCUUACGCGAACAGAUUCGGAGUGCGGAGCGCGGUGGGGGCGAGCGACGCGUGGUUUCGGCGGGCGAGAGGUCCGAGCGGCAGAACGAGCGCGAGACGGAUUUGCAAAAUCAACUUUUGGAUGCACAAGAAAGUUACACCACCCUGAGCCAGCGCCACGCUAAGCUGAUUGCCGAGAUGGCUAAGGCGCGAGACAACGAGGCCGUCGAGAACCAGUCCCGAGAGGAAGACAUCGGCGAUAUCGCGACGGAGAGGUUGAACCGGUCUAACUCCUUCGCCCAGGCCGUCGAACAGGUUGUCCUCGAGUACGAAAAGACGAUCCAGACGCUCGAGCAGUCGCUGACCAGUACUCGGACGACGCUCUCGAACACGGAGGCCAGCCUCCUCGAGAAAGAAACCAAGUGUGCCUACAUUGAAACUAUCAACACCCAACUGCAAAACCGUCUACAGAAGGUCAUGGACCGCGAGAUGAACACCGAGAGUUACCUCCACGACCUGGAGGCCAAGCUCGACGGCCAGACGUCUGGCGAGGAGAAGAAUGCCACCAUCGUAAUCGAACUGCGGAAGGAGAUCGCACGGAUCCGUGAGAAUGAGGCAGCCUGCGAGGACUACAUCUCUACCUUGGAGGAGCGUCUUGCCGAGUCUGACCAAGAUCAGGAGCUGAUGCAGCGCGAGAUAGACCGUCUCGAGCAGGUCAUCGAGCGCCAGCGAAGCCUCGGGAAGCUUGAUAACCUUCUCUACGAGCUAGACCACAUCCAAGACGGCAAGCAGUCCGAGGCCGGAUCUGAGCCUAGCAACGGGAUCGGGCAUCGUCGCACGUUUUCCGAGCGGUCGGCCAAGAGCCACGCCAGCCGGCCGAGCCUCGGCAUCAGAGAAGUCCUCCCCGAGGUCGCUGAAGGUACCGAGGAGGAUGCCAGCGAACAUGUCCGCGCCGAGGAGCUCGAUGACGAUGACGUCGACGCGGUCGGGAAACUGGUCGGCACGGAGAGGUCGACACCUAGCGCCUAUCCUCCGCAGAGCCCCGCGCAAACUCAAUUUGUCGCCGACAAGCUAGAGACAGUGACGGAUGAGCUCGUUUCUCUGCGGGUCGAGCACGAGUCAACUCUCAACGAAUUCGACAUGCUUCAUGCCAAGUACGAAGAGGCCCUGCGGACCUUGGCGGAGCUGCAAGAUCAGAUCGACGAAGCGAGGCACCCUAGUCACCAACGGGAUUCCAUUCUGUCCGUUGCUUCUCCCGACGAAACGAGGCCCUCAAGUUUUUUAUCCGACGCGAGGUCCAGCGACGUCAAGGAUGGGAGGCUCUUAUCGCGAUCGCUAUCCUCGGAGUUAUCCUCAGCUAUGGACUCACCAGCUAUUAUCGAUAUUCUGGAGACGGACGCGCCUACGCCCUCUGAAUCCAGGGAGACGUUGGUAGCGGACAAUGCUAGCGGUAGUGAACCUCUGGCUGUCGAACUCGAAAGGCUGAAGGCGCUGGCCGAGGAGAAGGAGGCCGCCGAGAAAGAACUCACCGAAAAGUAUGCCCGGCUCGAGGAGAUACACCAGGAAACGUUAGACGUGGUCGAGGACCUAAAGACCCAGGUCGCGAAGGCGAAACAUGCUGAGCCGCCGUCUCCGAGGACGGGCGCUCCGGUCAUCCGCCGAAAGUCCAGCCAGAACGUCCUCGUCAUCGACCGGGCGCACCGGUCGUUUGCGACGCUCCGAAACCUCGCCGCCGAAAACUUCGAGGGGAGACCGGACAUUAUGCAGAACUUCGACCUCAAUCUCAACAGCGCCAUGCACGAAUUGCACGUUAGGUCUGAGCGGAUUCAAGAAUUGGAAGCGGACGUCGCUAGCACCAAGAAGGAAAUGGAAACGAAGAUGACGAUUAUUUCCGGAUUGACGCGUGAGCGAUCCAGCUUGAAGUCUGGUCCCAUGGAUAUCUCAAUGGUCGCCACGCUUAGGGAGCAACUAGAGAGGCACGAGCAACGACUCAAGGAGAUGCAGGAAGCCCAUACGAUUCGCGAAAAGGAGCUCGUGGCCGAACUAGAAGCGUUGCGUGCAUCCGUCAAGGAAGCCGCAGAAGCCCGAUCGGCAUCAGCGGCCCUAGACGAUAAAGAAAAUGAGCACCGUGUCGCCCAGGAAGAGAAGAUAGCCCAUCUCGAGGCUGAGCUCUCCAGCUGGGAGGGUAAACACCAGGCGGCUCUAGAUGCCAUGCUAGCGACCGAGGAACAUAUGAGAACGACGGUCGGCGGCCUCGAGGCCGAAGUCGCGACCGCCAACGCUAAGCUCAACGAGAUCCGAGAGCAAGCUAAGAGUGACGAGGAGAGCAAGGAAGAGGAGAUCAAGCACCAGAACCUUGUCUCUGCCCUCCGCAACGACAUCGCUCAGUUUAAGACCAUCAUCGACGCCAAUGCUGUCAAGGUUGCUCAGUUGGAGCAGGCACACACUCUUGCUAAGCAACAGCUGGAAGAGACCUCUCAGGCGAGAGACGUUGCGAUUGCCGAGUCGCGUGGCUACCAGGAACUAGUCAGUAGACUCGAAAGUCAGAUAGCGGAGCACGAACGAGCAUUGAAGGCCCACGAGGAGGGUCUCGCCCAACUCUAUGAUGACCACGCCAAGCAAGUCGAGGCGAUCAGAGCUACCUCGAAAGACGAGUACGACAUCCAAGUCAACGACCUCCUGUUGGAGCAUGCCGAGAACGUCAAGCUGUUGGAGAGUGAUGUCACGGAGGCUCGCGAGGAGCUCACGAAAGUCGCUACCCAGGUUGCUUUUGCGCUCGGCGUCGAAGUGAGCGUCGAAAAUAUCAGCGAGCGCAUCGAGGAUUUGAUCGCGGACCAGAAGGCUCUCGCCGCUGAGCAACAGAAGUCUGCCGAGCUCGAAGAACACGUCGAAGAGCUCUCGGCGAUUAAUAAUACUAUCAUGCGUGAUCUCGAGACCGUAAAGUCGUCGGUGAAUGACAUUCUCUUCUCCGACAGUGAAGGGAUGAAGAGUCCAUACACCACCGUGGCGGAGCAGCUGGCAGCCGUCAAGAAGAGAAUCUACGACCUAGAGAACAAGAAUAAAAAGCACUCUAGGUUGGUUGAGGAGUUGGAAGACCAACUGCAGACCAACUAUGACCAGGCCCAAAUCACGAACAACCGGCUGUCUACUCUUCAGACGGAGCGUAACGCGCAGCUGGAGGAAGCCAACGCGGCCAAAGCCAAGGCACAGGUUGAACUAGACGCCGUUCGAGAAGAAUUGGCCAUUCUCCAGGCCCGCAUGGAAGAAUUCACCACUACUACGGAUGGACCUAAGAGAACCGGCUCAAACGGUUCGCAGAUCCGCAAGACAGCUUCCGUCACCUCGUUACCAUCUCCGCCUCCCGCCAUCCCCCUCCCCCCAUUACCCCCCAACGGCACAACCUCGCCAACUCCAGGCGUCCCGGCAACACCGACCGGUGGCCGACCCACCAGCCACGACGUUGCUCUCGCUCAGAUCCGCGAGGACCAGGAGGCGCGCAUCCAGAGCAUCGAGAGGCACCUAAAGGCCGAGAGGCAGCUCACCUCUACGCUAGAGGAGGCGCUGACAGACCUUGAACGCCAAUCGAAACAGGUCAAGGCCGACUGCGACGCCUGGAGGAAGCGGGCUCAGGAGCUGGAGACCGAGGUCAAGGAGCUCAAGGAGCGGCCACAGCAGGACAACCGAUGGCGCGACAGCCUUCACCAGAUCGAGGAGGAGCGAAAGAAGCGCCAAGAUGCCGAGAGGGCCAGGACCCACCUAGAGGAACGCAUGAAUGCUAUCAACAACAAGAAAAAGAAGAAGGGCAGCCUCAACUGCUUUUAG